AUGAAUUUAACCACAAACACACGUAUCUGGAAGGCUUUGCAUAACGGAGAUGCAAACUUGAGUCUCAUCAAGAGUGUCCUUCAGGCUAACACCGCGGAUACAGAACAACCUGUUUCUUCUAGGAAUUUUGGAAAUGAUAUAAUGGAUAUUAUACAUUCAGCCAACUUGAACUCUUCCCAAGAAUCUGCAAUAUUGGCUUGCCUAGAGACGGGAAAAAUCCGUGACAAGACUAGUGUGAAACUGAUUUGGGGGCCACCUGGUACUGGCAAGACAAAGACGGUGGCUACGCUUCUUUUUGCUCUUCUCAACUUAGGUAGCAGAACAGUAGUGUGUGCUCCUACAAACACGGCUGUUGUAGGAGUUGCAUCGAGGCUUUUGGCGUUAUUUAAGGAAAAUUCUUCAUCAGAACAUUCUACUUUCGGGCUUGGGAAUAUUGUUUUAGUCGGAAACCGAGUUAGAAUGGGGAUAGAUGACAGGGGGAAUGAUGACCUCCUCAAUGUGUUUCUUGAUCAUCGCAUCACUAAACUGCGUAAACUUUUUUCGCCAUCGACCAGAUGGGAACGGAGGUUGGAGUCAGUCAUUGAUACUCUUGAAAAUACGGAGUCUAACUAUAAGAAAUAUCGGUUGCUAAGUGACGUAAGGGAGAAGCAAGAAGAAUUGGAGAAGGAAGAAGCUAAAAAGAAAGAAAAGAUUCUUACAUUUGGGGAGUUUGUAAAGCCAAAGUUUGAUGAGUUAAGUGAAACAAUGGAGAAAGUCCACAGGGAUAUGGUGGAUAUGUACACACAUCUGCCUAAGUCUUUUAUAUCAUCCAACGAUGUGAAGAAAAUGCAUGCAGCUCAUCAAGCUAUUCGCCGAGCCAGAUCUUUCUUGCAGGAGAAUCAAGAAAGCUUAACAUUCGAUAGUUUUAACAAACUCAUCGGUGUUGAUUGCCUUCAGACUCUACGUUUUCUAUCAAAACGUUUUGAGAUUCCAGGCUUGUUGGUAAACGAGGAUGUAAGGAGAUUCUGCCUACAAAAUGCACACGUAAUCUUCUGCACUGCCUCGGGUGCUGCAGAGAUGACCGCGGAACGGACAGGAUCUGUAGAACUGCUUGUAGUUGACGAGGCGGCUCAACUUAAAGAAUGUGAAUCUGUUGCUGCGUUGCAACUUGAGGGCUUGCGCCAUGCUGUUCUCAUAGGAGAUGAGCUCCAGCUACCAGCAAUGGUGCAAAACGAGGUAUGUCAGAAGGCCAAGUUUGGAAGAAGCUUGUUUGAGAGAUUGGUUUUGAUUGGCCACAAGAAACAUUUGCUUAAUAUUCAAUACCGUAUGCAUCCAUCUAUAAGUCGUUUCCCCAACAUGGAGUUUUAUGAUGGUAAGAUCGCUGAUGCUGACAUUGUUAAAGAGAAAAGCUACCAAAAGCGGUUUCUUCAAGGAAACAUGUUUGGUUCUUUCUCGUUUAUUAACGUGGGACUUGGGAAAGAAGAGUUUGGUGAUGGACAUAGUCCUAAAAACAUGGUUGAGGUUGCUGUCAUUGCUGAGAUCUUAUCCAAUCUUCUAAAAGUGUCAAGUGAGACAAAGAUGAAGAUGAGCGUUGGGGUUAUCUCACCUUAUAAAGGUCAAAUUAGAGCAAUCCAAGAGAGGAUCGGUAAGAAGUACAAUUCCGUACCAGGUGAGCUCUUCACUUUAAGUGUUCGGUCGGUUGAUGGGUUUUAAGGAGGAGAAGAAGACAUCAUUAUCAUAUCCACUGUGAGAAGCAACGGCAACGGAAGCAUAGGGUUUCUCUCUAACCGUCAAAGAGCCAACGUGGCACUGACUCGUGCAAGGCAUUGUUUAUGGGUGAUUGGGAACGAGAGAACUCUAUUGCUGAGUGGUUCGAUAUGGACAAAGCUCGUAAGGGACUCGAAGAUACGUGGAUGUUUCUAUAAUGCUGUUGAAGAGAAAAAUUUAAGAGAUGCCAUGAACAAUGCUCUUCCAAAGGUCGACAUGUCUGAUGUGUAUUCGAGUUUUCAGUCUCUUUCGAUCAGGAAAGAAAGAAUAAAUGCCCGGUAG